AUGCAGCACUCAUACCGUAAACGACCUACGUCAACAUCAGACGUCUCAAGCCUCCUUACCUCAGUUCUCCCAUUCUCAGUCUCAGCCCUCAUAUCUUCAUCUAACAGACUGGUAUGUGCUACUUCUCAAUACUUUGGAUUAGCAGGUGGCGGAACAUUAUUUGUGCUUGAUCUUGUUUCAAAUGACAGUUUUGAAGAAGUUGCUCGGUAUGAAUGGCAAGAUGGUUUAUUUGAUGUAGUAUGGAGUGAAUCAAAUCCAAACAUACUUGUUGCUGCAAGCGGUGAUGGAAUUCUACAUAUAUGGGAUGUUAAUUCUCCCAAGGCUCCUGCUAAAAUUCUGAAAGAACAUAAAAAAGAAGUUUACAGUGUUGACUGGAGCCAAACUAGGCAAGAACAACAUGUUUUGUCUGCAUCAUGGGACUGUUCAAUUAAACUGUGGGAUCCAACUAGAAGUUCGUCACUUUCCACAUUCCUUGGCCAUUCACAGCUGGUAUAUAAUGCUAUGUGGUCUCCUCAUGUCCCAUCAUGUUUUGCUUCUGUGUCAGGUGAUGGCACAAUGAAAAUAUGGAAUUCAAAUGUUCCACAGAAGGCAUCGAUGACUAUGAGAGUGCAUGACGCAGAAGUUCUGAGUUGUAGUUGGUGCAAAUAUGAUGCAAACAUCUUAGCUACCAGAGGAUCUGAUGGUCUCAUCAGGGGUUGGGAUCUGAGGAGUCUUGCUUACCCAAUAUUUGAGCAAAAAGGUUGUGAAUAUGCUGUUAGAAGAGUUCAGUUUUCACCACACUACCUAUCGAUUUUGGCUUCAGUUUCAUAUGAUUUUACAACAAGGAGUUGGGAUUUUAAGGCCUCUUCAGAAGCUGUUGAAACAAUUAGGCACAAUUCGGAAUUCGUAUAUGGUUUAGACUUUAAUAAUCAUAUAGAAGGACAAAUUGCAGAUUGUGGCUGGGACUCUCUUAUUCAUGUCUUCACUCCUAGAUCUCUCACUUCGCUCUCUUCUUGUUAA